AGUCCCGAUUCUCCCAAUUUUUACUGCCCCCGUCCCGGUCUGCCCAAAUCGGGAGCGCUCCCCUCCGCCUCGCCUCGCCUAGGGUUUCGCCCCAUCGAUCCCCGGCGCCCCUCCUCCACCCGCGCAGCCUCUCCAGCCGCGCCGCCUCUCGACCGCAUUCUCCCCCUCGCGGCCGCCACCGCGAGGGAGAGCGAGCGCGAGCGCGGGGAUCGGCCGCUCCCUCCCCGCCGGCUCGAACUCGAUCCCUCCCCUCCCCGGACCGCCGGCCGGGGGCGGAGGCCUGGGCGAGCAGGGAGGGGGGCAGCGUCGGGAGCAGGAUGAUCACGCUGUUUGCACAGGGCUAAAUCUUUGUGACCAUUAGAGUGCUAUUUCGGAACAAGAUAACUUCUAAGUGAAGCUGCACGCAGAGAACCUUUAGAGCUGUCUGCUGUUAUUGCUUCCAUGGCAACAAAUGAGAACCUUCCACCAAAUGUCAUCAGGCAAUUGGCUAAAGAACUGAAGAAUCUUGAUGAAUCACCUCCGGAAGGGAUUAAAGUUAUUGUUAAUGAUGAUGACUUCAGCACCAUUUUUGCUGAUAUUGAGGGCCCUGCUGGUACUCCAUAUGAGAAUGGAGUAUUCCGGAUGAAGCUAUUGUUGUCCCGUGACUUCCCUCACUCUCCCCCAAAAGGAUACUUCUCGACAAAAAUAUUCCAUCCAAACAUAGCAACUAGUGGUGAGAUAUGUGUGAACACAUUGAAAAAGGAUUGGAACCCUAGUCUUGGAUUGAGACAUGUUCUGCUGGUAGUAAGAUGCCUUCUGAUCGAACCAUUUCCCGAAUCUGCCCUUAAUGAACAAGCUGGAAAGAUGCUGCUUGAAAACUACGAGGAGUAUGCACGCCUUGCAAGGCUGUACACCGGCAUUCAUGCACAUAAGCAAAAGAAUAAGUCCAAGACUGGAGCCAUUUGCGAGUCAACAACAGCUCUAAACACGGGUCAGAGCAAUAGCACUGUUCCGAGCAAGAACAUACCAUCGGCGGCGCCAGCACAAGUAUCCACCUCCACCUCAACCAAAGUUCUCGGCAUACAGGAUCAGAACGCAGCUCCUUGUGAUCUUUCUGUAGGCUCAUCAGCGGAACACAAGAAGGACGGGCCGCCUGCUGCCAAAAUCCCAGCCGAGAAGAAGAAGAUGGAUGCCAGGAAGAAGAGCCUGAAGAGGCUGUAAACAGCGCGCCCCUGCCCGGAUAGCGUCGAAGCGGGGCUGUUGUACUAGUUAGAAGAUUCAACCCCCUUGAUAAGCGCCAGAUUCAGCAGAUGCACAACGGAACCGAAGGAAUAAAUACAUAAACCCCAAGGCAGACAUCUGAUGAGUCUGGUGGCUGAUUGGCAGAAGCAUGCAUGCCUGUACACAGGCAUGCAUGCAUUAGUGUUUAGUGAGAUGUGCAUGUGAGUUGGUCUCCUGCUGUUUGUUGGAAUAAACUGUGCUACUGAUGUGCAAUGACAAAUGUUUUCGAAGAACAAAACGGUCGCCUUUUUCGGCUGAUUCUGCA